AUGGCGAGGGCUGGCCCCAAGCCCUGGAAGAGGUCCUGCUCGCCCUUCGAGCCCCCCAAGGGCGUGGGGAGUCGUGGCGGGUCCCAGCCUGGCCCCCUAGGAGGAUCCGGGCUCAUGCAAGCGAAGCAGGGCCAGCACAAGGUGCCUUGCAUGCCAUUGGCACCCAUGGGUGCCAGCGAGCCCAGCACCAAGCAGGAAUGGAGCUGUGACCGGGCGCCCGGUCUGUGCAGCCCCAGGGCCGGCAGCGUAACCGUCCUCUCUGUCUCCGGCUCGCAGGGGGAAGAGGAGCCCGAGGAGAACCAGAGCAAGGAGGAGAAGCAGGAUCCGGGGACGCCCAUGAGGAAAGCCGGGCGGCCCGGGCGGAAGCGCAAGCAUGCCCAGGUGGAAAGCAGUGACACCCCCAAAGACAUCGCGGCCGUCCCCAAGUGCCCCCCGCCCUGCCCGGAGGCCAGCCCCGCCGAGCCGCUGCCCAACGGGGACCUGGAGGCGGACGGAGCCCAGUGGAAGGGCGCCGAAGAGGGCAGCACGAGCCCCAAGGGUGGGCGCCCCGAGGAGGACGAGACGGAGAGCCUGCCGGACGGCGAGACGGGCCGGGCGCUGGAGAACGGCCGCUGCACCCCCAAGGAGGGCCUGGACGCCCCGGCCGAUGAGGGUGAGCUGGCCCCUUCCGACCCCCAGAAGAAACGCGGGAGGAGGAAACUCCUGGAGGCCGCAGAGAAAAGCAAGGAAGAGAAGGAGGAAAACAACUUCGACACCCUGAAAAUGGAGGGCUCCCGCGGGCGACUGCGCGGCGGGCUGGGCUGGGAGUCAAGCCUGCGGCAGCGGCCCAUGCAGCGGCACACCUUCCAGGCCGGGGACCCCUACUACAUCAGCAAGAGGAAGCGGGACGAGUGGCUGGCCCGCUGGAAGAGGGAG